UAGAAAGGUUUGUUGGCCGGUAUCGUUUAGUAUCGUUGCUAAUUCCUAGGCACUGCCGAUUGUUUUGCGCUUUCGACAAUUAACCGUGAAAAACUUAAAACAUGGCAAAUAUUGCUUUUCUGUUAUGCGCGUCGGUUCUUCUGUAUGCUUGCAGCGUUCAUUGUGCUCCUAAGAAACUGAAAACCGGAUGCCUGGACUGCGAGUACGGUGUGUGCGACGACGGUCAGCAUCAAACCUGCGACACAGACCAGGAACGCUGUGUCUGCCCGCCAGCGCGCUCAUCGCCGGCUAAGAGCGACCGGCGCGAAAAGGGCGCUCACAGGGGAGCGGCGUCCACGGAAGAGCAGACCGGCCAGCCGCCUCGUGGCAGCGGUGCGGCGUCUACGGAAGAACAGACCGGCCGGCGCACUCGACCGCUUAGCGGUUGCAUCGAUUGCGGCUACAAUAUGUGCAGCAACGGUCCCAUGCGCUGCAACCGGGAGAAAAACCAGUGUGAAUGUCGUGCCGGCGGAUUCCGUUCGUAAUGAAAUCAAGGGCAUCGCUAUCCGACCUGCCGUCAUUUUGAUAGAGUAGAAGGCUUGGGUUUUAUAGCGCAAAUGUGGUUUCGCUGUUGCUGCUUUCGUAUAGGCAUUCGUUCUGCGUUUUGCUUUGUUACCGGUGCUCUUAGUUGUGGCAGGCCGUAUACUGUAUCUGCCCAUUUAAACGGCUUCCCAGUUCCCAAUGAAGUCGGCAUUCCACUUUGA